AUGUGGGCUUUGCCUGCGUCUCGCGCUGCCAGUCUCGGAAACGGUCUCGAUUUUCUCGGUCCCCGUCUUCUCCGUGACUCGCCUGAGGAAAAAAGGCCCAGAAGGCUUCUUUCGGCGACACUCUGGUUUGUCGCCUCGCUGGAGGCGUCUCUGGCGAGGAAUUUGCGGCAGUUGGGCAUCACGCAUUUGACGCAGGUUCAGGACGCGUGUUUCCUUCCGAUUCUCCUCGGCAAAGACGUCGUGGCUGCGGCGAAACCCGGGACUGGGAAGACGCUCGCGUAUCUCCUUCCGCUCCUCCAGCGGAGUUUGAACAGUUCGUUCGAGUCCACAGACGGCGCCGGCGAGGCGCCUGCGGAGUGCGUGGAUGCCCGCGGCCCAACGAUCUUGAUACUCGUGCCGACACGCGAGCUCUGUCGCCAAGUCGCCUCGACAGUCUCGGCUCUCGCCCCGGCCCUCUCCGUCGCCGUCCUGGACGCCUCGUGGGCCUCUCUGCAUGCGCAGCAACUUCUGCUCGAUUCUUUCGCGCGGGGCGGAGGCAAGCAGCUGGACGUCGUGGUCGGCGCGCCGGAGAGAUGCGAGAAACUGUUCCAGUCUGGGCACCUCCGCCUCGGCCACUUGAGGGCGUGCGUAAUCGACGAGGCCGAUGCGCUCAUGCGUCGCGGUUACGCCGACAAAAUCGAGAGUCUCUUUUACCUCCAGACGCGCCGGGAGGAUGCCGAGACGCAACGAGCAAAUGGGAACGAGGGUGAGAAACAGACAGGCUGCGAGUCGGCGAAGAAAAGGGACUACCCGCGUCAUCGGGUGCAAACGCUCAUCUUCACGGCGGCGAUGCCCCGAGACCUUCAACACAUUGUGGAAGGUCACUUCCGACACGCAGCCAUCUUUAACCUCCUCAAGAAGACGACUCUUCGCGCACCAAACGAGCUGGCGACCUCCGCUUCGCCGCUGUUUUCGCCCGCCACGAGCGCCGCCAGCGCCGCGCCCGACCCUUCUUCUGCGGUUGCUUCCACGUCGUCCACGACGCUCUGUAGCGACACGGUGCGUCACCUCAAAUGCAAAAUCUCCCGAUCUGGAGGCUCUGAAUCUGAAACCCGGUUGCGCACGCUGCUCUACUUGCUUGCCAGAGCGCUGCCUUCCGCAACGCACCGGAACCUCGCUGCAACCGCGAGAGACUCGCGACGCGAAGGUCGCAAAAAAGGAGAAGAAGAACGAGAAAAGACAGAUCAAACGACGUUCCAGUUGGGCGGUGCACACCUCCAAAGUCUCGAAACAGAGACACACAAAUGCAUCGUCUUCGUCGAGACGCAGCAAGAGGUGUCCGUUUUGGUGGCCACUGACGUCGCGGCAAGAGGCCUCGAUGUGCCGGGGGUGACGCUCGUCGUUCACCUCCGCCCCCCCAGGAAUCCAGGCUCGUACAUCCACCGGUCCGGACGCGCCGGCCGAGGCGGGCAUCCUGGCGACAGCGUCGUUCUGUACAGUCCGAGCGAGCGGGAUCGGGUGACAAAAAUCGUUCAGGAGACACAGACGCGUUUCAUCAAUCUCCCACCUCCCACCGAGGCUCAGCAGCAGGAAACGGCGAUUGCGCGAAUUCUCUAUGAACUCUUGGAGGUGAAGGAGGAGCAUUUCCGGCCGUUGUUGCCUCGAGCGGAAGCCCUUAUUGAGGCGCACGGCCCCUCAGUCUUCGCCGCUGCGCUCGCCUUUUUACAGGGCAAGCACCGCGCGCCUCGUCUGACGACAGAACCGCUUGGGACGGAAGAAGACGUUUGUCGCUCUCUGCUGACAGGACGCAAAGGCUUCGCCUCUGUCCUCGUCUACGAUCCGGCGCACCAGGCCCUCGAUAGCACGGCGGCGGCGGCCCGCUAUCUCCGAGCGCGCCUCCCUGAAUCUGCCAGAUACGAUGCCGUGGGACUGGUAUGCAAAAGCGUCAACGGGUACGUAGGCGACGUGGCGGUUGUGUACGCGAAUCAGUUGGUUGACGACGGCGAUGUCUUUUCGGAAAGAAAAGAAACAGGUUCUUGGAGCGGUCCCCCGGUCUAUCCACUUGAGCAGCUCCCCAAGUUGGUCCUCUCGGAGGAAGCGAAGCGCCUGGGAAGGCGCAGAAGGCGCGUCCAGCUGCCUUGGGCGAAAAUGAAGCAACAGGGGUCCGGUUCGUCGGCAAUUGUUCUCGGCAGACGACGGAAAGGAGAAGUCCUCAGGACAGUUGCAGAUAUCAAGCAACACCAAAGAGGCAUCGCCAAACUCUGA